GCGGAGUGUACUAGUUGGCAGACGAUAUUCUCAAAAGGUGUCGUAGGGUGACUCAUUCAUUCCUGUCAGUGCGUUUAAAUGGAGGGUCACCUCUUUCGGUUGACAGUCAUUAACGUGUUGCUUCAAGCGUUCCCAUAGCCCCAUUAUCAUAACACGAGUGUCGUCUGCUGCUAAAUUUAGCCUGAGCUAUAUCUGAACUUGCGUGGGACCGACGUGGUUUUAUAACACGGUGGAGAAGACCAAGCAAAGGAAUUUACUCUCCGACUUUUUAGGACAAUCCGUACAAAAAAGAAGAAAAGGUUGUCUUAUUAUCAAGAGGGAUAUCUGAUAAUUGAAUUGGCUCUAUUCCGACACAGAUCCUCCUAAACAAGACGUGCACAAUGUCCUAUUAUGACCGAACUCCUCGAGGGGGUGUACGGCGCUUCGCACCCCCUGCCAGCGGUGGCUCCCCCUUUCCGUGGGCGCACGAUCACUCCCCAGAGAGGGCGCCAGUGGUGAGAGAUUUAAACGACGGUGCGAUACCUGUGCCCGAACUCACGGGACCUCUUCACAUUAGGUCUUCCAACGGUCUCAGCACAGAAAGGAUCCCAACUCACGUCCCUCCACGUGACAUGCCGCAUGCGCAUUUAACCCGGAAGUCAACUUACGUUCAAGAGGACGCAAAACUAGAGGGUGCCACAUUUUACGGUGUAGAUGAUAACGAGUAUAAAAAGCUGAAUAAUUCUGCAAUGAUGUUUCAAGGUUUCUUGCCAGAGAGUAUAGUACAAGGAGACGAAAGAAUACACAUUACUCCCUGUACUUCACAGCCGUAUAGAUGGGUUUGCUACCUCGUGAUGACGGCCAGUGACGGGAAGAAAUUCGCCGGUACAGGUGCCUUCACAUCCAUGAUUUCGGGGAAAGGAGGUCUCAUUCUCACCGCCGGACACAACCUCUACAUGCACACCCACGGGGGCUACGUGAAAUACCUGGACAUCUACCCGGGCCUGGACGGUCGCAGCGCCCCCCUGGGGGCCUACAGAGUCUACCCGACUCACUUCCGGGUGUCGCAAAAUUACGUCAAUAAUAAAAUCGCAUCAGAAGAUUAUGGAGCAAUUUUGCUGCCCGCUAGUUACGUUGAUUACAAUCAGGAUGAGUUUGGUUUUGGGUAUAGUAUAAUUGAUGACGUCAACUUACUUAAUCAGGUGACCUCGCUUGCCGGUUACCCGAACGAUAAGCCAAUUGGGUCUCUGCACUUGGGCGGUGGGCGUGUCCAAGCUGUGAGUGACAGGCGUAUAUUCUAUGACACUGAUACGGCCAAGGGGCAGAGCGGAAGCCCCGUCUGGAUGUGGAAUCGUCACCAUUUUGUUUUGGUGGGGAUACAUUUGAAGGGUGUCCCUGAGGAAGGGGGUUAUAACUCAGCUAGACGUAUCACUAAAGACCUCGUAGCGCAGGUACAGCAGUGGACGCGGGAAAUUAAGCAGUAAUGAGUUUAGGUAUAUCAUGUUACUGAAGGUAAUAAGUAAGACCUGCUAAUUAGUCAACGAAGGAUUGUUUUGACCAGUAAAGGCACUUCCACGAAGUAUUAUUAUUUAUCAAACGUACAUAAAAUUCAAGUUUUUCAAGUCAUAGUGCAAUACAAGGCCUGCUGCUUGAUAAAAAGACCUUUAUGUAGUUCUUGCACCACACACAGUAUUUUCACAAAACAAAGCUAUUGCUUUUAAAUUGCAGUUGAUGCAAAAAAAUCUUUUUUUCAGUUAUUUCUCUCUCUUUUCAACUCUUAUCCAGUCACCGUUUUUUAAAAUAAUGUAAAUAUAAAAACUGAUCUUCAAUAAAGUAUUCUCACUGGUUCAAUAAAAAGUUUUUUAAAAAGAAAA